ACUAUUAUGUUGCAUGAAAGUGCUGGCUAGCUGACUUGGAUCAUCUCCUGGACUUUUAGAAGCAAAAAACCAUACCAAGUUUGAAUUUGCUAAACCUUUAGGCUUUGCUGUCAGAAACAUUCCACUCUUGGAGCAUAAGAUGGAUACAGAAGACAUAGGCUCAGGGAAACUAGGCCAAAUAUUGAAGCAGAUUUGGAGACAAAACGUGAUGCUAAAGCAGGCGCUCCUGGGAGAAGACCAUUGUGAAGGGGCUGGUGGGGCCACUUGGAUAGCCACAGUGGUCUUUCUGGGUCAAGGGCUCAGUAGGGCCCUUCACCAACUCUUGGAGCACACUGCAGGGACUCUGCGCUCCACCUGCCAGCAGCUGUGUGUUCUGCUUGACAAAGAGAAUCACUGUACCUGGACACAAGAAAUCAUGACUUUCAGAGAGUGCCUCAUGAAAAUAAAUGAAUAUUUGGGGGGCACGGCUGCAUUUCUAAAGAAAGAAGAAAAGGAGAUGUGUAAUUUAUGCGGCAUGCAUGAUAAAUGUGCUCCACAGCAGACAAUGUCCGCCAUUCAAGAUAUCAAAGCCACAGACAUUGCUGCAAGAGAGGAACAAAAUGUCAUAGAAACAGCUACUGUGUCUCCCACAAGUAGAGAGGAAAGUCAUUACCCAAACCAGGUCCAGUUAAAAAAAAAUAAAACAUAUAGGAGCUCAGAAUUAGUGGAAAAAGAAAACAAUACAUCAUUGAAUGGAGAUGUAACAGGGCAAGAAGAGUCACAGAACAAAAUGUUCCCAGAUAAUACAGAAAAUGAAAACGAUAAACAAACAGAACACAUGACUGUUGAGAACAUAAAUGGCAACAGGCGAGAGACACAUGACAUAAUCCAGACAACAGAAAGAGAAAUUCAAGAGACCUCAGAAAGCCAAAGAGAAGAGAUGAUCAUAUCCUCAAUAACAUGUGAUAUCACCAAUAAAUAUGUGACUAGUCUUCUUCCCAGUGAUCCAGAGAGUUUAAAGCAAAAGGAAAACAUAAUGGAAAAGGAGUAUCUUGAUGUGCUGAAUGAUAAUACUCUCCCCCAAGUGUCUUGUUACAUUACAGCACCAUCCUCUGUUCUACAGCAUCUAGAAUGCCGGAUAAUUAAUAGCAUGAGUUCUUUAGUAGUGAGUGACAAUGAGGAGUUGGUCAGCAAUGUCAUCACUGUUGAGUGCUCAGAAAUGGAAAAGAGAAUUCCAUUUCCAAUAUGCAUUGCAAUUCCAUUUACUGCACGUUACAGAGGAAAUUACAGAGACAUCAUGGUGAAAGUGUCUGAUGUAAACUUUCAGUCAAGUUACUUGACUCCAAAUUCACUGGAAGGAAUGAGAGGAAGUUACAAGGGAACCUAUGCUGAAGUGAAAGUUUAUAAGCUGGGUAUCUUUUCUGUUGUGUCCUGUUUAAAGAAAGAGUCCUUUACAGUAACAAAGAAAGGCCUUACUCUUAAACCAAGCAUGGAUUCCCGGAUAUCCUUAAAUUACCCUCCAGGAGUUUUCAGCUCACCAGUGCUUAUACAAUUAAAGGUCCAGCCAAUUGACCCAUCUUUGGUGGCAUAUUUAAAAACUCAGCAAGAUAUUUCCUAUUCAGUACUAUCCACAAGUCCUGUGAUUCAUAUUCAACACCCAUCAACGCAUCCUUUCCAGAAACCAGUCACUGUAUUCCUACCUUGUUCGCCACACCCUGAUAAAAAAAAUCUUGGGUCUGAGGUAGAUCAUAAAGGAAGAGCUAGUACCACAGCAAACAGAGUCAUACCUUUAUACCUCAACUGGACAAAAAGAACUUCCAUAAGAAAGCCUGGAAACACCUGUGAAUCUUUGAAACUAUUGGGAUUCAGAAGCCGAGACAGUGGUUGGUUUGUGCUUGAUGGUGUUGUGGUGAGAACCACACAGAGUGGCUUGAUAUCGUUUGAAUUGUGUGAACAUUUAGAGAGGUUUAUUGUGCUUCGUCUGUCUUCCAUUAUGGAAAAUAGCCAUUUGCUUUCUUUUGUGAAGUCUUUGGAGGAAGCCAUGUUCAGCACCACUGCCUGCAUUGUACUUUAUCACCAGAAAGACAACCCACAUAGAGUUGUUAUUUUGGUGGUGCCUUCUAAAGAUUUAAACCAGGAGCUCAGGCACUUGCGCUUGGGAGGACUCAGUGGUCCUCCAGAGCCAUCUCGCCAUUUCCAGGUGAAAGAAGGAGAACAACUUCUUUUAAGGUUUACUGGAAACAUAUUUGCUUCAAGCAAUGGGAAGGAUUAUGGAAAAGACUACAAGCUUAUUUUUCAUUUACAAAGGAAACCUAGAUUGGAACUCCAAAUCAAAGAGGUGGAUGAAUUUGGAAAUUACAGCUGCCCUCAUUACAAGGGUACCAUUAUAGUUUAUAAAGCACCUAAAGAAAAGAUAGUUCACAACUCGGAUCAAUCUCUUAUACUUAAUGAAAACAAUUAUCAGUUGCCAAUUUGCAAAUUACCACUGAGAUUGCCAAAGCAUGAAAAAUUAAUCAACCGUCCACAGAGUACCAAAAGAAUUUCUACAGAUCCUCUAGAAGCCCUGUGGAACAGCUUGCUCUACUGGCUGUCAGAGGAGCUCUCAGAAGAAAACGCGCUGUGUCUCUCUGCAUCCCUCCCGUUGCGCCGCAGCACCGUUCAGCUCAUCAAACUGAAGGCCCCCAAUGACCUUGCAGAACAGACCUACGAACUUCUCUGCUUCUGGAAAAGAUCACUCCCAAAUUCCACCGACAAACUUCGCCUUCUAGCUCGCCAUCUCCGCAAGAUAGGCAGGAGUGACCUUUCAGGAGAGCUCAAAUUCAAGUGGGAAAAUAAAGUGUUCACUGAACCACCACGGUGGUCUGAUGGGGCAGAGGAAAGCCCUGUGGCUCCUUCUGCCCUAGAAGAAGGGCUGUAGCUGGCUUGAGGAUGGCUUCUGUCAACGUGUCACUAGCAGUGUCCAAGUAAUGUCUGAAGUGAAUCUAUGUGAUAGAUGUGUUAUUGAGACAAGUGAAGAGGCGGUAAUCAGACAAAAGCAUUUGUGGGUUGGCUUCCUCCUUCAUGGUUCAGUGAUAUACGUUCUGCAGGUGUGACCGUCCAGAGUUCAGCCAAACUUAUUAUCAGUUGUAACAGAGCUUGCCCUGUUUAUAUUUUAAUAGAUAGG